AUGGUCAAUACCGAAGAGGACAGCUCAGUUCUGGAUCAGCCAAGUGAUAAGAGAAGGAGCCCUAUUGAGGAGCUGUGCUGGACCAUGAAGGCCCAUUGUCCAGUCGAUCACUAUGUCCAGUCUCUGGAGUCCGGCCUCCUCCAGGCAGCUAGCUGAAAGGGAUACAUUUAUCGUACGUGUUCUUCUUUUCCCUUUCCACUUCACCCGCCUGAUCGAGGUCAUUGCUCUCAAAGCGGACAGUUGGAUCCAAGAUCAGCGCAGUAUUCCUGUCUUGGGAAAUGCGACAAUAUCCGCGUAUCUCGUAGAGCCUUCACUUUCGAGGCAAUAUACCUCGUCAAAGCAGGUGAAUUUUCUUUCCCUAAGGAGCCUCAUCAACUCGAACUUGAUCCGGUGGUGACGACGUUUCCAGAAGAAGAAGCUAGCGAAUCAGAGCCUAAGGAACAGUGGCGCUACCUGGGAGCUAGGAGGGCAGGCCUGUUGGACUACAACUGCCCCGACCUCUACCCGCACUGCCCGGUAUCUCUAGUACAGCUCUUCACCGCUCUAAGGCCGAUCGCUCCUUGA